CGGUCACUGACACCAUCCUUGCUGAUUAAUACUAUGCUCUCGCGCCUUCGACAUUCUAUAUUGGUGUCAUUCAAGCUGUGAUGUCUUUGUUGUUCUUGAUUUCAUGUUGGCAGUCUAAUAUCAGUUACCAAACUAUCAGCCCAACAUGACCUCCAUACUUGCAGGUUCCCUCCCCUGGCAUGAGGGCGAGCAGAAGAUGCAAAAUCUACUUCAGAUCCCACCCCAAGUCAACCCCACAGUUCCCUCCCUGAGCUAUAAGGCCGGUUACCUAUUGCGAACCGCUCCCCUGCUGGCCAUCGGAACGAUCGAUUCGGAAGGACGGCCAUGGACGAGCAUCUGGGGCGGCGAGAAAGGCUUCGCCAGACCUACCUCACAGACCACCGUCGAACUGACUACACCUGUGGACAGGAGCUUUGAUCCCCUCUCCGAAAAUCUACUGGGGACAUCUGGAGGAAAACUGAUAUCUGGGCUAGUCCUUGAUCUGGAGAAUCGCAACAGGGUGAAGCUUCACGGCAAGGCGAUUGCGGGGUCCCUUGACUCUACAGAUGAACCCCGCCACGCAGCAUCAGGCUCAGGCCAGGCCGGAAUCGCCCACCUGACGUUGCACAUUGAUGCAAGUCUCGGAAACUGCCCGAAGUAUAUCAAUAAGAAGCAGAUUAUCCCUGCUUUGCCAAGUCCGAAGCUGGUAUCGAAUGCGCCUCAAUUCCCGCCAAUGGCUGUUGACUUCCUGGAUCGUGCCGAUUGCUUAUUUAUUUCCUCGGCCCACGGUACGAUCGAUAUGGACACAAACAUUCGUGGUGGUCCCCCAGGAUUUGUGCGACUGAUCUCUAACGAGCCAAAUGGGGCUGUCUUCGUUUAUCCAGAGUACUCAGGAAAUCGACUAUACCAGACUUUAGGCAAUCUUCAGACGAAUCCCCUUGCGGGAUACGUCUUCCCAGAUUUCGAGACAGGGAAUGCUUUAUAUGUUACUGGUCGCACGCGGAUCCUGGUGGGCGCAGAUGCUGCACGGGUGCUUCCGCGCUCCAACCUAGCGGUCGUGGUGACCGUCACAGCAGCUAGAUAUGUGGAAAAGUCCCUCUCCUUCCGCGGUAUAGCCGGGGAGCCGUCUCCGUACAAUCCGCCAGUGCGGUAUCUGGCAACAGAAAAGGUCAACGCCGCUGGCUUGAACGAUGAUAGUUCUAUCACAGCAACUCUUAUUCGGAAAGAAAGUCUUAGUCCAGCAAUCUCGCGGUUUCGUUUUCGCGUCUCCGAUCCAGCCAAGCUUGGAAAGUGGAUUCCUGGGCAAUAUGCUACGUUCUCAUUCUGGGAGGAAUUAAAUCUCGGUUACAGCCACAUGCAAGAUGAUGAUCCGACCAGCCUCAAUGAUGACUAUGUUCGAACUUUCACCAUAUCUUCUUUCCCAGGCGAUGGGAUCUCUGCAUCGGAGUUUGAGAUAACGGCUAGGAAGCACGGCAAUGUCACUCGCUAUCUUUGGGGUGUCAAUGAACGAGCCGGUCUCGAGGUGCCCCUCAAGGGAAUUGGGGGAGAAUUUCAGAUCAAACCGACGGCAAACGAGUUCCUGCCAUUUAUAGCAGGGGGUAUCGGAAUCACACCACUGCUUGCGCAGCUCCCUGGUCUUGAUGUUAGUCGGUUGCGGCUCCUGUGGUCUAUAGCUAUGAGCGACGUGGGUCUAGUGUGGGAUACGUUCAAGCGGUUUCCGGCGUUGCCCAAGUCGACGUCUCUAUUUCUUACCGGUUCGGAUCCACGGGACGAGUCUACCCGGCGUCAAUAUGAGACUGUGCUGUCAUCUGGAGCACAAGUUUCGCGACGCAGAAUCGAGGCAGGAGAUUUGGAUCUGUCGUUGGCCGAUACAUGGUAUUUCUGUGGCAGUGUGGCCUUGAAAAGCUCGGUAUUAGACUGGCUCGCUGGUAAGAACGUAGUAUAUGAAGAUUUCAAUUUUUGAUUAUCAUGCUAUCAUCAAUCGAAUAAUCGCACCU